GCUACCCACAAGUCGCCAAGGGAAGCUUCCUUUGUACCCUCUGGGAAAGUUUGUCCCUCUGAUGGGUUGGAAACCCCACGCAUAAGAGAAAUCCUAAGUUUCAUGCCAUUGUGGACAGGAGUCCUACAUUUGAUUUCAUUUUCCAUUUCUCAGUCUAACCUGCAGAUAACACCUGAAAAGAGCACGAUGCUGCUCUUGUGUCUCUGACCACACUGGCUGGAUGUUCAUGCUGCAACGAUUGUCGUGUGUCCCUCGAUACGGCCACCAAGUCCUGCAGGCUGAGCCACUGCCUGAUCUCUGUCCGCUGCCUAUCACUCUCUGCAUCCCCGGGGUCAGCAGUGCUGGGUGCAGGAAGAGUAUGAGGGGUUUCAGGACCUUUCAGAGGGAAAUUCAGUAGUUUUCAUCUUGAAGGAUAUUCUACUUUGCCUCGCUCAGAGAUGGAGUUCUUCACUCUCCUUAUUGCCAUUCUUCAGCUACACCAAACUAUUGCCAAAGAGAUUUUGGUGACAUCAGUGGUUAAACUUGCCCAGAACAUGAUCUUGGAAUGUGUGUACCCGGGCAAUGGAUCUUUAACACAGAUGGAAUGGUUCAAGGUUGCUGGCACUCGAAAGGAGAUCAUCGCCAUUUUCCACCCAGUGUACGGCACGCACAUCAUGGAGGCCUACCGGGACAGGAUCUACUUCUUGAACUCCUCCCAAUCGUCAAAGGAUAUGUCCAUUUCCUUCAAGAAUGCCUCUGGAGCUGACAUCGGCAUUCAUUGCUGCUCGAUUCAGACUUUCCCGGGUGGAAUCUGGGGAAAAGCGAUACAGGUUGUCAAGACAGAUGACUUUGCGGUUACUCGGUCACCAGGUCGCCACAUGUGGUCAAAACCUGGACAGACAGCUAACCUGACUUGCAAGGGGCCGGAGGCGAGGGCGGGAGUCCAACCCAUCCUCUCCGUGACAUGGGAGUGGAUCCGGCCACACCAGGUGGACACCCUUCUGCACUGUGAGCUGGCACUUGGGAUGAGCUACGGCUCUACAGACCGCAGGCGCAUCCAGGGACCUUGCAGCCAGACGAUGACCAGCAGCUUCCUGGUCCUCCGCAACGUCACAGCCUCAGAUUCGGGCCUGUACCGAUGCACCUUCAGGUCCAGCACGGGCCUGAACAUGACCUGCGAGACGAGGCUGGACAUAUCUGCUGCAGAACGGGGUCACAACCAUGUUUACCUCAUUACUGGAGGUGCAGCCUCUGUUUCAUUACUGAUGAUCCUGCUUGCGGCUCUGACCGUUUAUUGCAACUGGAAGAGGAAGAGGAAGAGGAAGAGGAAAGCACUGUUCAAAGAGCUACAGGAAUUCCAGACCAGGCCUUGCAACAGUUAUGGGAGACCUGACUUCCCCAACCAGCCUCAGAACCACGAAGAUGAAGACAUCUACAUCAAUUGCCCUUCAUUCUCUAAGAAGCAGAAAACAAGACGCUGAGCUUUUGGUUUUGGACCAAGUCAACGUGCUUAGCAAAGUCAUGGCAUAGAUAAUUAUGCUUUCUACCUGUUCACCUGGGUUUCUGUUCUAGCUUUGACGGAUACAACUGAUCCAUUCCUCUGGAUGGGAAAAGAGUGUCUGAAAUCUGAAAAAUCUUCCUACUUUGGACUUGUGCUUCCUUUGGACCCCAGGCCCCCUUUAGGGUGCAAACAGUUCAGGUGAUGUGAAGCCACAAAGCCUAGGGAGAUGUCCAAGCCAGGCAGAGUGAAGCUUCUGGGGCCAGUGAGUUCACUGCUCCACAGAGACCCUAGCCGGAGUCUCUAACAUCUCCUCAGAGUUCUCCUAAUCACUGGCCUUUUCACUCUCGAUGGUCCAAGGCAAUUCAACUAUCUCCUCUGGGUAUAACUGGAUUAAGUUGUUAUUGCUGUCUUUUACCUUGCCAACCCCACCAUGACUCUUCAAUUACCCCCAAUCCUGUGAGCCCAUCCCAUUCCUCUCCUCCCACCAUACCUCCCCUGCCCCUUUCACCACCCAACUGCUACCCACCCCUUGCACCACUUCCACCUCUCCUUCCCCACCCCAUCCCCAUAAUGCUGUCCCAGCGCCACCCCUCAUCCCCCUCUUCCUGCUUGGGCCCUCACCCCUCAUCCCCCUCCCCCUGCACAGGUCCCCAUUAACUCGCUUCCAUCCAACCACUCCUCACUUCUUGGCCAUCCCCACCCCAUCUCCCCACCCCAUUCCUGUAAUCCUGUCCCAUCACCACCCCUUGUCCCCUCCCCUACACUGGCCCCCAUCAACUCACUCCUAUCCAAACCCUCCCCACAUCUUACACUAUCUCCUCCCCCACUACCCUCCUGCACGGACUCAGCCAAGUUUGGCCUGUAGAACCCCUGCUCCAUCAUGGGGAAGCUCCCCUUCAUCCUUGACUUCUUCCUGAUUCAGUCACUCCUUCUUCUUGCCAUCACCUAAAUCUGGCUUUCCCCAAAUGACACAGUCUCCCCUGCUACUCUCUCCAGAGUGGGCCUCAUCUUCUCCCACUCCCCCAAACUCACUGGGAAAGGAGAAGGGGUUGGCUUCCUUCUUGCUCCCCAAUGCUGCUUUCAUACGAUUCCACUUCCCCCAUUCCACUUUCCCUUCUUUCGAAGCCCUCAUCAUCUGCCUCUACCACCCUUCUGGAUUCCAGUAGCGAUCAUCAACUGCCAUCCCCAACCCCCCAGGUCCCACCUUAACUUUAAUCAGUUUGACCCCUUUCUCAUAUUCCUUCUCUCUUUCUCCAUGCCUACAUUGAUCCAUGGGGCUUUAAUAUCCACAUAGAUGUUCCUAAUGAUCCUUAUUCUGACUGCCUUCUGACACUCCUCAACUCCACUGACCUCCUGCUCCUCCUCACUUUAUUCACCAAUUUGUACACACGCUCUAUCUCAUCAUAUAAUAAUAAUGAUGGCAUCUGUUAAGUGCUUACUAUGUGCCAAGCACUUUUGUAAGCGCUGGAAGGGA